UCCCAGUGUACCUAGCAACGGUUGCUAACAUCACAGGUCGCUGCUCGGUCCUGAUAGAGGUCCCUGCUUACUUUUGAGCUUAUUUCUUCAAACUUUCAGCUUUUAAUGCCGGUUUGAUUAACUGGUCGGAGGCUAACGUUGUUUCUACGAAUAUAAUAUUUGAUGUUAAACAGCAGUACUGGUUGUUAGCAUGAAUAAAGGACGACCUGCUGCAAGUGCCCGCUCAGACCACAGUGACAUGGAUCCUGACGAGGCAGAGUUAGGCAAACUUCAGAGACAGCACCGGAUCUUGGAGAAAGAUCACCAGGCCUACAAGAUCCAGGCCCAGAGGGAGAUCCACAAACAAGAGCAGGAGAUGAAGCAGCUGCUGAAGGAGCAGGACGAGCUGCAUCGGAAACUCGGUGCCUGUAAAACCGUUUCCCGCCUGCAGCAGGACAGUAAGAACAUCCAGUGUCUCCAGGCUCUGCUACAGGAGAGUGACACGCUGGACAAGCAGAUCAAGGAAGAGAAGCAGUGUCAACAAGAGCUACAGAAAGAGAUCUCAAAGAUGGAGCUGAAGGUGGCAGAGGUUACAAAAGGAGAGGCCAGUAAGAGUGCUGCAGAAAGAUCUGAGAAACAGCGAGCUCAGAAGGCCAUAGCUAAUUUGCAAUACAAGCUGGACAAAGCCCUGACUCGCUUCAAUGAGCAGAUGAGUACAAACAAACGCCUGAGGCAGGAAGUGCAGACUCUUUACAUCGAGCGUGUCCGCUUCCAGCAGCUUCACAACAGGCUGAACAAGGAGCUGCAGGAAGUCCGCAAGAAGACCACAGAAGUUACCAACCUAUCCAACGCUGCUUACGAUGCAAGGGUGGAGGUUCAGUCCAAGAUGGCCAUGAUGCGAGAGAAGGCAUGGAAGGACUGUGCCCAGUACAACGCUGAGAUGAAGGAACUGCAGAGAGUUAUUGCGUCUGAGAGCAAUACGAAAGGGUUCAUGAGCACCAAGUGCAGCAAGAAGAAUGAGGGCGACAACGACCAGGGACUGGGACCCAGACAAUUAUCAAAGCUAAAGGAGCAGAACAGGAUGGACUCGGAGGAAGGGUCUCUGGACGCUCUGGAGGAGAUGUUUAAGAGGAAUCAGCUUGUGACAGAGGAGGAUGACCUGGACCUGCUGGUCACCAGGUUCAUCCAGGCUGAAGAUCGCAACUUUGCCCUCUAUAAUUUUGUUACUGAGCAAAUGAAGGGGGUUGAGGCGCUGAGGGAUGAAAUUAGCCAGAUCCAAGAAGAGAUGGAGCAGUUUCAGGUUAAAGGUUUACAGCAGGAGCAAGAUCAUCAGUCACAGCUGAGAGACAUUGAAGAGAAACGAAAGGAAAUUGAACUUCAAGCGGAGGAUUAUGAAAACCAAGGCAGCAGCAUAAGCAAAAUCCUGGACGAGAUAAUGACAGGAAUAAACAGCAUCUUCUCUAAACUGGAGUAUGACCGCUCCAAGGCAGAGGAUCUGCUAGGCUCCUCUGCAGGGAUCACUGAGAACAACAUCAUGUUCUACCUCGGUCUGCUGGAACAGAAGACCAAUGAGCUGCUCACCGUACAAGCUUUCCUCAACUCUAAAGAUCCAGAAAAGGACUACAAUCCAAAAGAUCUGGCCCAAAUCCUUCUGGGUCAGAAUCCAGAACUACUUCAGCAGAGCAUUCGUAUUCAAGCUGAAGUGAACCGUGUGGACUAUGAUGCAGAAGAAUCUCCUGUUACUGACGAGGAAGAACGACCGUUUUCACAGGCAGAACUUCGUAAAAGAAUAAUGAAGGAGGCUCAGCAGAAGGAGAGUCCUGCCCAGAGAGCGACAAAAAAAAGCCUCAAAGAUCAGUCCGGAGUUUACUGACAGACGGCAGCUCCCUGGAAGAUGCACUAAUCUGACUCAGUGACCCGAUCAGUUAGUGUUAAUGUGCACAUAUUAAAAUCAUCAUUACCGUGGCAUAGAUUCACGGAGGCCAUGACUGCUGAUGGAACCAACCCGAUUGGACAUCUUGACUGUUGCAGCUUUUACAAAUAAACAUUUAAGUCAUA